AUGGUUGUUGUUAAAUAUUCGGAGCUGGCUAUGGAUGAAGGGUGCUGCUAUACGAAUGGAGAGUGCUCCGUGGGGAACCCCGCCGACGUGGCCAUGGUGCGCAUGCAGGCCGACGGGCGCGCCCCGCCGGCGGAGCGGCGCAACUACAAGGGCGUGUUGGACGCGAUACGGCGAAUGAUUAACGAGGAAGGGGUUGGUAGCCUGUGGCGCGCGCUUCCGGUGAACCGCGCGAUGGUGGUGACGGCUUCGCAGUUGGCUUCGUACGACGAGUUUAAGGAAACCAUUCUUGGACGCGGGUGGAUGAAGGACGGGAUGGGGUGCCACGUGGCAGCGAGUUUUGCGGCGGGUUUUGUGGCGGCUGUUGCGUCCAACCCUAUUGAUGUUAUAAAGACUAGGGUUAUGAACAUGAAGGCGGAGGCUUACAAUGGGGCAUUGGAUUGUGCUGUUAACACUGUUAGGACUGAAGGACCUCUUGCCCUUUAUAAGGGUUUCAUCCCUACAAUUUCAAGGCAGGGCCCUUUCACUGUUGUCCUCUUUGUCACCCUUGAACAAGUCAGGAACCUGCUCAAGGACUUUUGAUUUUUCAUUCAUUCAUAGCCUGAGAUACAUAUUCAGAUGAGAUGAUCACGAACCAUUUGUAACCUUCGUUUUUAUUUUUAUUUUUAUUUAUUUUAUUUAGUAUUGAGGUUUUGGAAGACUACCUUCUUCAGUCUCAUGUUUUCGCAUGCAAUACUUCAUAGAAAAGGCUACAACCUCAAGCCACUUGAUAUGUUCUAAUAUGUUCUAAUGGGUUUUUGUCAUAAUACGAGUUAAUGUUGCCCAUGUUUGUGUU